AUGGGAGCAAGCGAUUCAUUCCUAAAUAAGCGUUUUGGCCUAAGUAAUAAUUCAACGGACAAUAUAACAACUGUAAGAUUAGCCAAAGAAGAUGUUACUUUCAAAACAUCAGCUUUCCAAAUUGUGCCUAUUUUACUGGAUGGAAAAAUAUUUGACACAAAAUUUCAUGUAGUAGACUCAUUGUCAGAAGAUGCUAUUUUAGAACGGGAUUGGUUCCAAAUGCAUAAUGCAAUUUUAGAUUUUGUUUAA